AUGAUGCGUGCAAGCUUUGAGGUGGGGUCAGUUUUGCAAGUGGCAUGGGCUGGCCGGAAGGGGCGGGAGACCUGGGUUCCCAAGCAGAAGGUGGUGGAAGGCAAGGCAUUCUUCUGCUUGGACAAGUGGGAGCAUCGUGCCGUGUUCUUCUUCACAGACACCAAGCUUGACUUGAGAAAAGGGAAACACACUGGCUCGAUCGAUACGCCAUUCUUGGAUGAGCUGCUCAGCCAAAGGAACCGCGCUGCAGAUGAAGCAGUGCAGAAUGCGAUUGAAGUCCCUGUCGAUGGCGAAGAUGAGCAGCAGCCUCCCAAGAAGAAGAAGAAGAGGGCCAAGCACACGAUUGAGAAGCAGCACUUGGCCCCAGAGAUUCUCACGAUCGAAGUUGAGGGUGAGCAAUUUGAGUGUUUGUUUGAGGGUUGCCACUCGUCAGUCAUUUGGCUGGAGAUGAGUGAUGAAAUCCUCUCUCGUGUGGGCAAGAAGCUGGCUGCCUCGAAUUCGAAGGCUCGAAA